UUGCAGUACACUCAUUGCAGAAAGAAGCCGCGGAAUUGGUUUUUCGCCGCUAGCGAGCUAGCACGUACUGUUUUGUGCAUAGUUUGAAACACUGCAUUUUUCUGUAUGUGAGAAUGACACGCUUUUGAUAUUCGCAGCGAUAAUUGUAAUAAAUAAAACUCAGAAUGAAUCUGGACAGACUUCGAAAGCGAGUACGGCAGUACAUUGACCAGCAACAGUAUCAAAGUGCUCUGUUUUGGGCCGACAAGAUAGCGUCGCUGUCUCACGAGGACCCCCAGGACAUCUACUGGCUCGCUCAGUGCCUUUACCUGACCUCACAGUACCACAGAGCCUCCCAUGCGCUGCGUUCACGGAAACUCGACAAGCUGUACGGAGCUUGUCAGUAUCUCGCUGCUAGGUGCCAUUAUGCUGCCAAAGAGUUCCAGCAGGCUCUGGAUAUCCUGGACACAGAGGAGCCAGCUAGUAAGAAGCUGCUGGACAGGAGUGUGAAGGAGGACAUUGGGACACCAGAGUCGGCCAAGGACUGGGACAUGCCCCCUGCCUCUGUCAACAGCUCCAUCUGCCUCCUGCGGGGUAAGAUCUAUGAUGCCAUGGACAACCGGCCGCUGGCCACCUCGAGUUAUAAAGAGGCCUUGAAACUGGACGUUUACUGCUUUGAAGCCUUUGACCUUCUGACGUCCCACCACAUGUUGACCGCGCAGGAGGAAAAAGACUUCCUGGACUCACUUCCUCUGAGUCAACAGUGCACGGAAGAAGAGGAGGAGCUCCUACACUUCCUGUUUGAGAAUAAGUUAAAGAAGUAUAACAAGCCUAGUGACUUGGUGGUGCCAGAGAUGGUCAAUGGUCUUCAGGACAACUUGGAUGUGGUGGUGUCUCUUGCCGAAAGACAUUAUUAUAACUGUGAUUUCAAGAUGUGCUACAAACUCACGUCAAUGGUGAUGGUUAAAGACCCCUUCCAUGCCAACUGUUUGCCAGUCCACAUAGGGACUCUGGUGGAGCUUGGAAAAGCAAACGAAUUGUUUUACCUCUCGCACAAACUCGUAGACUUGUAUCCCAAUAACCCAGUGUCGUGGUUCGCUGUCGGGUGUUACUAUCUCAUGGUCGGCCAUAAAAAUGAGCACGCUCGGCGCUACCUCAGCAAAGCCACAACGCUGGAGAGGACGUACGGCCCUGCUUGGAUCGCAUACGGCCAUUCUUUUGCGGUUGAGAGUGAGCAUGACCAAGCCAUGGCUGCCUACUUCACGGCUGCUCAGCUGAUGAAAGGGUGUCACUUACCCAUGCUCUACAUCGGCCUGGAGUACGGUCUGACCAACAACUCCAAGCUGGCCGAGCGCUUCUUCAGCCAGGCGCUCAGCAUCGCUCCAGAGGACCCGUUCGUCAUUCACGAGGUGGCCGUGGUUGCCUUUCAAAAUGGAGACUGGAAGACCGCAGAGAGGUUGUUCCUUGAUGCAAUGGAGAAGAUCAAAGCCAUAGGAAACGAGGUGACUGUGGACAAAUGGGAGCCUUUGUUAAACAACUUGGGUCACGUGUGUCGAAAAUUGAAAAAGUACGACCAGGCUCUGGAGUACCACCGCCAGGCGCUGGUGUUAAUUCCUCAGCACGCCUCCACCUACUCGUCCAUAGGAUACGUGCACAGCCUCAUGGGGGACUUUGAGAGCGCUAUCGACUACUUUCACACGGCACUCGGGCUGAAAAGGGACGACACUUUCUCUGUGACGAUGCUCGGCCACUGCAUCGAGAUGUACAUCGGGGACACGGAUGCCUACAUAGGCACGGACAUCAACGACAAGGUGCGAGGCGGCUUGAACACUCCGGCGCUGAUUAAGAUGCUCAACACGUCGGAGGCCGGAGAAGCCGGAGCCACGCCCAGGCAGGAAGACGCCAGCAUCGGGUCCCUGGAGACGCCGCUGUCGAAUCAGGACAAGAUGAUGCUGGAGACGCCUCUGCGACUCUCCCUGACGCUCGAGUGCGACAUGUACGAGAGCGACAUGAUGUUGGACACGUUGUCGGACGCCAGCACGUGAUCUCAUCCCGUCGGCCCGUCGCAACUGUCCCAGCAAGCGGUUGUCGUAGACGUCCACAUGACCAGAACUCUGGCACGUGUCCUCCACCGAUGGUUUCCUGUGGAGUCUCCUUCUUGUUUAUUAAGUGUGGUUGUCCCUGUGAGUGACAAAACACAGGACAUGCCGUUGUGAACAUUAUGAGUGUGGGUCGAUUACAGCGCCUGCUGUAUUCCUUUUUCAAAAGAAGACUCACUUUAAAGGGGGAAUUAACAUGUGCCUGGGUGCAGGGGUUGAGUACUUGGACCUCGGGUGGAGCCCGGGGGACGCUGGGAGCAAACACAGCCGCACACCUCGAGAGUCACUUAUUUCUGCCUGUGGCGGGACCCUCCGUGUUGCUCACCUCCACCUGUGGAUCUGCUCGGUAAAUAAAGAGCCAGCUGAAUAACAUUUCUGGGCGAUUCCUCUAAUAAACCAUGCGUUAAUCUUAAA